AUGGUGGAUAUCAUGAAGAAGAGGGACAUGUUUGUUGCGUUUGAAGGUGUACUUAUGAGUGCAAGGGAGCCUCGAGUAUUUGGGUUUGUCCAGUACUUCAAUCCUGGUGAUGCUGCAGAUGAAAAAUACUACAUGGACGGACAGGAUGCGCGCCCAAUGACGUUGUGGAGCUAUCAACUCCCACCCAGAUCGCCACAGGGAACAGCGAAGCAUCCUCCCUUCUCCCUUCCCGUUGCAUCUCCGCCUGGUGGAUUACAACAUCUUUACCUGAUAAACAUGGAAUAUACAAGAGGAAGGAGCAACUGCAGCAAGCAGUGA